AUGACGCCCCCUGACGAUUUUUCUAUUGUGGCGCCUCCUCCUUCCUUCCCCCUCAACACAUACGGAGACUACCAGCCCUUUGACGCGUUUUUCGACAAGACUGUUAACCGAAUCCUGUCUGAGGAAGCAAGUCUUGAAGAGUCACGACACAGCGACUUGCCGUUUGAUUCAAGUCCAGUGGGUUCCGGGAACUCGCCGUCUUCUUACUCAUUACGGAGUCGGGAUAAUUGCAAGAGACCCACAUAUAUCUCGGCAUCUAGCACUAUUACGAGCAAGACCAAGAAGAAGAACAGGAAGAAGACAAGGUCUGCGGCCAAGAGAGAGAUAACGGUAAUCGAUCUUUGCGGCAGUGAUGAUGAAGAUCUCGUGGGAAACAACGUGAAUCGUGACCAGGAUGAGUGUGAUCAUACUAAGGAGAUGAAGGGUGAUGACCAUGUGCAGCCGAACGGCACCCCUCAGGAUGAUUCUGACCAUGCCUCAACAUUUGUGGAAGCCAUCGAAGGAAGUUUGAACGGUGUAUCUGAACAAGAUACAUUGAAUGAUGAAUGUGCAGAGGAGGACCGCAUUUUCUCUUCUGUGGGAAGAUCUGAGAGACUCCGUGUUCUGAACUUUAUUGCGGGACACCCAUUCAUGCACAAUCCUGUGCAACCUAUACAACGAUCUGCGCGACUUCACUUUACUGAUGAGAUAUGCAGAGUAGCGUCAUCGGUGGGGCUUGAUUCUUCGUCGAUCAAGAGCUUAGUCAAGCAUGUGCGAAAGCUGUAUCUGGAGUUUGUUUGCGUUGACGCUGAACCACCCGCGAUGGGUCUUGAUGACAUGCCUUUCGGGAAUGAAAUUGUCGAUGAAGUUGAACCGACCUCUCACACUCGGGAAGGUUUCAAGAGGAACCGUGACCAUAUGUCUCCCUCUCCAAGCUUGAACGGCCGGAGAAGCAAAAGACGUGUAUGUGAACCCUUGGAGUCCUCGCCGCAGGCGGUAGAGACAGAGGUCAUUCAAGCUGCCAAUGGCCAUGUCAAUCCGCCGCCUACCGCGCUCCGUGAUGCUCCAGACUAUGCAAAUGAUCAAGGAACUACCAUGAUCCAAAUCGAAAGCUCUCCCGAAGUGCCAAUCGAUGCAGUCGUUGUUCACGAUGAGGAAAAAGGGAACGAGCCUGACACAUUCAAUGUUCAAAACUCACCAAAAAUUUCCCACGAGCCUGUCAGCGUAAAAAUCAAUGGAAAAAACGAAAAGGCUGAGGCUGUUCAGGUUGAGAGCACGCCCGAAUUACCCCUCGAAUCGGGCGACGCAACUGCGUACCAUGAAGCACAGAUCUCUGUGACAGAACACAUUUUCGAGUCGACCUUCCCGCAUGGAAAGAUAGCUGCCUCCGACAAUGGCAAGGCAGAUGUUGAAGAUGUCCAAAUUCAAACUGCUCACAACCCCGCAACCGUGGGAGAAAGUUUAAAUGACGAGAGUGUCCCCGACACUCCACAUGAAUCAGAUGCUUCGCCUGGGACUGUGAUGGAUAUGGUUCAAGAGGGCCUGUUGCCAAAAAUUUCUCCGGAGCCUACCAAUGAUUCCCCCCUCAGGUUGUCGAGGAACCAGAAGAGAAAGGAAAAAAAGCGACUGCGGAAACAAAGGAAGAGAGAGGAAAAGGAAAGGAACCAGAAAAAAGAAGCCGAAGCACAGCAGCAGUCCAGUAAGGCAUGUCUCGAAGAUCACAACAGACAUCAUGCCCAAGAGGCCUCCGCGAAGCUUUUGCGGAAGAACCAAUCGUCUGUCUCUGCGCAGGUGUCAAGUAAUGGACCGCCAGCAAAAGACCCCGAGCCCAGGAAGGAAAGGAAAAGGAGAAAGCAGGAGUACAGACUACAACAGAAGAGAGAGCGGAAGCUGCAGAGGAAAUAUUCUACAUUCCAACAUGAUAGAGCCCUUGUCGAAGAUGCCCAUAGCUCAGCUGACGAGCUUCCAGUUGAGGCAACAGCUUUCCACCUGCACGAACGCUGCGAUGACGGUGGGAACAGAGUGCCCAAAACACAUGACGAACCAAAAGCUCAGCUCUCCAUAUCACGUCAAACUCCUGAACGUGAGGGUACCGUGGCUGGAGUGCCGAUGCAGAUCUCAACUCCCCGGCGCGAUCGAACUGUGGCCAAAGGGCUGAUGCAAGUCUCGACCCCGACCUCUCAGGGCACUCCUGGCUCCCAGUCAAAGUAUGGGCCCUUGUCACCUGAUCCGAAGGAGUGGAGCCUGGAUUUUUGA